GCUCUUUCCGAAAUCCUCAUCCCAUUUAUAAUUUUGUGACUUACCAUCGUUUGUCUCCUUUCUAUUAUACUUUUGUCUCUGUUGUGUCUGCUGUCUCCAUACCCAAGACAGUUAGAGAAGCAUUGGAUCAUCCUAGUUGGUGUAAUGCCAUAGUUGAGGAAAUGACUGCUCUGCAUAACAAUGGAACUUGGAAAAUGGUAUCCUUACUACCUAGUAAGUCUACUGUUACUACCUAGUAAGUCUACUGUUACUACCUAGUAAGUCUACUGUUACUACCUAGUAAGUCUACUGUUGGUUGUCGAUGGGUUUACACAGUUAAGGUGGGACCUGAUGGCAAAAUUGAUCGCCUUAAAGCUUGCCUUGUAGCUAAAGGUUACAUACAGAUUUUUGGUCUUGAUUACAGUGAUGCUUUCUCUCCCGUAGCCAAAAUAGCUUCUGUUCGCCUCCUUAUCUCAUUGGCUGCAAUUAAUCACUGAACCCUGCAUCAACUGGACAUUAAAAAUGCCUUUCUUCAUGGAGAGGUCGCUGAAGAAGUUUAUAUGGAGCAACCUCCAGGGUUUGUUACUCAGGGGGAGUCAGGCUUAGUAUGUCGUCUUCGGCGCUCUUUGUAUGGGCUAAAACAGUCUCCAAGAGCAUGGUUUGGACGAUUUAACACUGUAGUUCAACAGUUUGGAAUGUCUCGAAGUAAUUCUGAUCAUUCUGUAUUUUUUCGUUAUAAUGGUGAUAGAUGCAUCUACUUGGUGGUCUAUAUUGAUAAUAUUGUCAUUACAGGAAAUGAUCACGAUGGAAUCUCUCAGUUUAAGCAACAUUUGUUCAGUCAUUUCCAAACUAAAGAUUUGGGGAAACUGAAAUAUUUCUUGGGAAUUGAAGUAGCACAAUCUAAAACAGGUAUUGCAAUUUCUCAACGGAAAUAUGCUUUGGAUAUAUUGGAAGAAACAUACAUGUUAGACUGUAGACAUGUAGACACUCCUAUGGAUCCAAAUGUUAAGCUUGUUCCUGAACAAGGGGAGCCACUUAAAGAUCAUGCUAGAUACAGAAGAUUAGUCGGCAAGCUCAAUUAUCUCACUAUCACACGACCAGAUAUUUCCUUUGCUGUAAGUAUGGUUAGUCAAUUUCUUCAAACUCCAUACAGUAGUCAUUGGGAUGCAGUCAUUCGUAUUCUUAGAUAUAUCAAAGGAGCUCCAGGACAGGGUCUACUCUAUGAGGACAAGGGUCACUCACAAAUUGUUGGCUAUUCUGAUGCAGAUUGGGUAGGUUUCCCUUCCGAUAGACGAUCUACUUCAGGAUAUUGUAUUAUGAUUGGAGGGAAUCUCAUAUCCUGGAAAAGUAAAAAACAGAGUGUGGUUGCAAGAUCAAGUGCAGAAGCAGAAUAUCGAGCUAUGGCUUUAGCAACAUGCGAACUCAUCUGGUUGAAGCAACUCCUUCAGGAAUUGAAAUAUAGUGAUACUGGCCAAAUGAAGUUGAUAUAUUGCAUCAAAUCCAGUUUUUCAUGAGAGGACGAAGCAUAUAGAGGUGGAUUGCCAUUUUAUUAGGCAAAAGAUCGAGUCUAGAUGCAUUUCUAUUAGCUUUGUCAACUCAAAUGAUUAGCUAGCUGAUGUUUUCACAAAAUAGCUUGAGGGGGAGUGUUGAGAUUAUUUCUGUAAAUAGCCUAGAUUUGUAGUGAUAAUUAGGGAUAUGAUUGUAUGAUAUGAGUGGGAUAUGAUUAGGCUAUAAUUAGGGAAUUAAUUUAACCUUGUAAGUAGUAUAUAUAUAUACCCCAAUUAGCUUGAGGGGAAUAAUAAACUAGCUUCUGCUCUCUUUUUCUUCUUUUCAUCAAAGUUUCAAUUCAGAUAUUUGGGUCUAAGUCGGGUUAGUACAACUUUGGGAUUUCAAUAUUUUUGUUAUCUUUAUGGAUGACUAUUCUCGUUGCACUUGGCUUUUUCUGAUGAAGAAUCGUUAUGAGUUGUUCUUUAUUUUUCAGAAGUUUUGUGCUGAAACCAAUAAUCAAUUUGGUGUUUGCAUUAAGACAUUGUGAAGUGACAGUGCAAGAGAAUAUUUGUCUUCCUUAUUCACUUAUUUCUUGUCUACUUAGGGUAUUACUUACCAAACUUAUUGUUCUCAUACCCCACAGUAAAAUGGGAUUUUCGAGCGAAAAAAUCGGCAUUUGGUUGAAACAGCCCGCACCUUACUCCUACAUCACAUUGUUCUGUUGCGUUUUUGGGGGAAGCUGUCCUUAUUGCCUCUUAUUUGAUUAACCAAAUACCUUCCCUCUAUUUUGCAGCAUCAAAGUCCUCAUUCUGUUCUAUUUCCUAAUCAGAAUUCCACCUAGUUGUUUUUUUGUGUUUUCAGAUGUGUAUGUUUUGUUCAUAAUCAUAUUCCUAGCAAAGACAAACUCUAGUCUAAAUUAGUUAAAUGUGCCUUUCUCGGCUAUUCACCGCUUAAAAAAUGUUACAAAUACUAUGAUCCUACUACUAACAAAUAUUUUGUAUCCGCAGAUGUCACUUUUUUUGAAACCUCACCUUAACUUUCUUCUAGUCUAACAUAAAAAAAACUUUGUUCCUAGGGCAAAUUCUAGUCCAUCACACACAAAACAUUUCUACCAGUUUUGUCAACUCAAAUGACCAACUAGCUGAUGUUUUCAUAAAAUCUUAUCGGGAUUCACGAAUCGAAUAUAUUUGUAACAAGCUUGGAGCAUAUGACAUGUACGCUCUAGCUUGAGGGGGAGUGUUGAGAUACUUUCUGUAAAUAAUCUAGAUUUAUAGUGAUUGUGUGCAUAAUUAGGGAUAUGAUUAUGUGAUAUGAUUGGAAUAUGAUUACGCUGUAAUUAGAGAAUUAAUUUAUUUUCUUAUCUAGUACUUAUUUUUGUAAGUAGUAUACAUACCCCAAUUGGCUUGAGGGGAAUCAUCAAGCAUCUUUCUCUCAAAUUCUCUAUUUCCCUCUCGUUUUUAUCUCCGUUUCAUCUCUGUUUCAAAUACAUCAAAUAAAGAUAUUCAAUCCAUUAUUAUUAGACAUCUUUAACAAUAAUUAAUUUAUAGCUAAAAUAACAAUAUAGAUAACAUGGAUAGUAAAAAAUAAUUCUUCAUACUGAAAAUUUGAUAAAAAGAACUUGACAUCUAAUAUUAUUUUAUUUAAUGAAUAAGUAAAACAAAGAUAAAUAACUCAAAUUUUAUAAGGUAUUAUAGAAUUAGACAAAUAGUUGAUAAUCUUAGUUUAAGAGAAAAGAAGUGAAACAUUUAUAAGAUAGUUAACUUUUGAUAGAAAUUUGAAAAAUAUGAGAUAUAACAAUAUAAAACUUCUCAAUCUAAGAAAAGGAAAUUGAGUUUUUGCCCCUCCUAUGGCUUUAAAAAGAAAAGGUAAUGGGCUGAUACCGUUACUUAACGGUAAAUAAUAUCUUGUUAAGGUAAUAAAUCAUUCUCCUAAAAAUUCUCAAUCUAUCAAUUAGUAUGAAUUAGGCUUAUGAUUUUAAUCUAUUCUAAUUAUAUACAGAUUAUAUUCACACUAUAACAGAAAAUACAAUUGAGAAAUUCCUAAAAUCUUCACUAUAACUUGAGGAUGUUAAGUUGCUUUAGCAUUUCCAGAAAUGGUCAUAAAAUUUCAUAAGUUUACAUUUCGUUUUGCAAAGCAUAUAUAAUUUACAAUAGUAAGGAAUUUUUGCAAAGCAUAAAAUUUCAACAAUUCUUGGAACUUAUACAUAUAUGAUUUCU